AUCAGUACCACCUCUACCUUGGUUGUUGCCACCAUUCGCGGUUUACUGAUUAGGUGUUGAUAAAGUAGACGCCUACCCCGCUUGCCAGCUAAUGGCGAUCGUGAUGCUAAAAGAUUCAACACCGUCUUUUGCAGCAUUCAGACUUUUCCCUCAUUGAACAUACAUAGAUAGGAUUCAGUCAUGGGUCGCUUCCGAUUGCGGUUUUACCGGUUGCGGAAAUGUUUCGUCCGCGCCAACAGCCUUUCUCCGGCUGGCAAGAAGAACAAGGAGUUAGCGCGGCUGAUAAAGCACCAGCAGGCGCAGUUCCACUCGGCGCUGCUCAUGCGCGGCAUGGUGGACGAGGGGCUGCUGCCGCGCCACCAGUACGCCGCCUUCACGCGCGACCUGCUGGGCCACGUGCUCGCCAGCACCGCGCACGACCGAUGGCCGCCGCUCACACGAAGCAACCUCGUCUUCGUUCAGGACCUGUUCGAGUCGCACUGCAUCUCGGCGGACGACUACCACGCGGCCAAGCUGGCGCUGAUCCACCACCUGGCGGCGCAGGGCGCCGACAUUGACGACACGGAUUUCUACCUGGGCUCCGCCGGCCCCAACGCGCCCUCCGUCCUCCGCCACAGCCGCCUCUCCCUUCACGCCUCUCCGCCGUCCGGGCCUCCUCCUUCCGCUCUCCGCGAUUCUCUCCGCCGCAGCGCCGGCUCUAAGGGCGGGCUCGCACGCAGGAGCCGAAGCAAAGGUCCUUUCCGGAAGCCCCGCAGGCAGAGCAGCGGCUGGACCGCCGGCAGCGGGAGCGGCAAGGGCAGCUGGGAGGACGCUGGCAGCAGCCAAGGGUCAGGGAGCCGCGGGACGCGAGAGAACCCCAAACCCGCUCUGCAGCAGCAGUUCGACGAGGCGGCGAGAGAGGGGCUGGGGGACGCGGAAGGGGCGCAUGGCGGCGAGCGGGAGCGGGAGGAUGAAUGGCAGGGGGCGGAAACGGAAGCGGAUAGGCAGCGGGAGUACGCAGGGAAUGGGCGGCAUGGAAGCGAGAGCCCGACGCCAGUCGCUGAGCGGGCCGAUCACGGGGUUCCCGCUAGACAUGCCCCUCCGCUCACCGGACCUCCAAGGCGGCCGCCGCCACAGCAGCAGCAGCAACACCCGGAGCAGCGCCAGGAGGGGCAAGGGGAGCAGCAGGGGGCAGAGCAGGGAGAGCGUCAGCGGGAGGGCGAGCAGGGGCAGGCGGGUGACGCGGAGCAGGAGUACGUGGCGGUAGCGACAGACGCCGACCUCACACCAGGCGCCACUAACUUCGCCCGACCGCGCGCCGAUUCCCCCCGCGCCCCUGCUCCCACUGUUCCGCCUCCUCCGCCCCCACCCACCGCCUCUGCUGCGGCAGCGGAUGGAGCAGGCGUAGUUGAAGUGAGAGAGUCAAGGCGCGGUGGAGGGGAAGGAGUGACUGGCGGGGCCCCGCGCAAGGUGUAUGGCGCUCCCCAGAGCUUGGCGGACGACGCGUGGGGACUGGGCUCUGGUGGCUUUGGCGACUCAUGGGGAGCGGCGCGCGACCGCGAGAUUGGAAGAGCGGCACAGGGUGGCGACGCGGGUGUGGCCGCGCACGCAGUAGGAAGAGACAAGCGGGAAAAGCAUGCGGGAUCAAGAGCCGCGCCCACGCCUGCGGACCCACGUGUCCACCCGCAGGCGGAGGCCGGAAGAAAGCGCGCAACAGCUGCAGUGGUGCACAAGUUCCGCCGACCCAUGGCGACGGGCGCGGUCGCUCCGCCCGCCGCGGAGCAGACGCCGCUGCAGGCCAUGCUGGCAGCCGGGUGGCGCAUGUGGUCGGGUCGUGCGGAGAAAGGCGCAGUGCAAGGGGGGAAAGGCGCAGUGCAAGGGGGGAACGGCGCAGUGCAAGGGGGGAACGGCGCGGUGCUAGGGGGGAAAGGCGCAGUGCAAGAGGGGAAAGGAGCGGUGCAAGGGGGGAACGGCGCGGGCGCGGAAGAAAUGGCGUGGGUGGAGGAGGUGGUGGUAGUGGAGGAGGUGGUGGCGGAGGAGGAAGUCGGCGGGGCGGACAGAGGCGCGAUGGCGUGGGGCGCAAGGCAAGGAGAGCGCACGGGGGAGACUGUGCAGGGCGGCGAAGGGGGCGGAAGCAGAGGUGGAGGGGCGGGGACGAGGGGGGUGGGAGCGACGAAGGAGUGCGGCAGCACGGGGAGCGAGGCGACUGCCCAAAGCGUGCAAGGCGCGCGGGCUCACCACAGAGAUCCCGCCGCGCGCGCGCAUGUGGACGGGGGGGUGGUGGAGCGGGGAGACUUUCGAGCGGAAGUGCGCGGAGAGAGGCGGGAGCAUGCAGAGCAGUGGGACACGGAGGACAGGGGGGAGGAGAACGGCGAACAGGAGAGGCGGGUCGGCGGGCACUUCUCGAGCGGUGCGGAGGCGGGUGAAGGGGCGCGGAGGGAGCCGGCGGGAGGGUGGGAAGGAAGCGACGACGACAGGCGGAGUGAGGGGCGCGGCGACAGUAGUAGCAGUAGUAGCAGGAGCGGCAGCAGCACUGCCGCGCGGUCGAGCAGUGUUGCGCUGUCGUCCGCCUUGGCUGAUGACGACUAUAACCGUCACGGGGUGAGCAGUCACGAGGCGGGCGCACGCCACACGCACCAAUUACCCACACGCGACGCGCUCGACGCGCCCGACACAGUCAACACGGUGAACACGGUCAACACAGUCAACACAGUGAACACGGUGCGGACAGCCAGAACGCCCACCCCGUGGAUUGCGAGCGCGCUGUCCGAGGGCGAGAACCCCGUGUCGGAAGGCGGCUCCGCGCGCGUCGACCUCUUCGCCGCGGGCCGCUUCCACCGCCAGGCAGCGCGCGGAGUGGUGCAGGCUCUCAGGCGCUGGGACGCGGAGCCGAGAGGGGGCGGGGGGGACGCGGAGGCAGCAGGGGAGAUGAUGGAGGAAAGCGCAACGGAGAACGACGACGACGCCGGGGCGAGGGGUGAUGGGGGAAAGGCGCCAGCGGGUGACGGUGCGCCCGCACCCGCCCCCAUGGCAGCGCCGCGAGCCUUCAGCUUCAGGCGGCCAGGCGGCAUCCCCCUGCCCGCCGACCUCGAUAGCGCUUCCCCGGGGAAACGCCCCGCGCCCCCGCCGUACCCGUGGGGUCAGAAGCGCGCGGACGAGGGAGGCGUGGCUGGCGGGCCGAGCGGGCGGCUGUCGCGCGUGGAGGAGAGGAGGUCCGGCGGGGAGGGCAGCGACUGGUGCGCGGCGGGAGGAGAACCGGCACGCGAGCGUAAGCCUCCCGCCGGGACAAUCGCGCAGGAGCCGGAACCAGCGACGGCCAUGGCGGAGGGCACGCGGACGGGCUUUCGCAAGGGAGGCAACCGGCGCGUGGGGGAGCCGCGCACUGGGGGAACCAUUUUCCGCGGCAUCAUGCGGAAGAUCUCCGCGCGUGACCUGGGCGCAGCGGCGGCGGCAGCCGUGGCGAAGGUGGACCUCACUCCGCUCGCGACCGCCGCGCGCCUGCCCAGCUUUGCGCGCACCAUGACUCGCGGGAAGGGCAGACGCAGCCGCGCAGCGGCGGCUGGGGGCCUGCUGAUGCCGCCGCGCAAGCUGCAGAUCGAGGGGCUCAAAGCAUCGCGCGAAGGCGGGGGAAGGCGGUCGCGCGACCCCAGCAGGCGCAGUCGCGCGGGCAUGCGACGGUCUGCGCGGUCGAGCAGCAUGGCGAUGGCGAUAGGCAACGACGACGACGACGACGACGUGUCGUUCUGGCGCGGCGGGGAGCGACGAUCGCGCGUGCUGCAGGUGCGAGGCGACGAAGAAAAUGGCGAGGACGAGGAGAAUGAGGAGGAGGAAGAGGAGGAGGACGAGGAGGAGGACGAGGAGGAGGAAGGGGAGGAGGAGCGGGGCGAGGCGACGCCAGGAGCAGCGUGGUCGGUGAACGUGCCCGCGGGCAAGGUGCGCGGCAGGGCAAGUGGGCGGAAGGCGCGGGAAGAGGUCACUCCGCGGGCGCUGCGCGGAUGGGGGAAGCGGGGAGGUGAUGCGAGCGGCGCAGCAGCAGGGGCAAUGUUACUGGCGAGUGUGGUGCUAGUGACCAACAUCCGAGCAUCACUGGCUGCCAUGCGCGCUCACCUCUGCGCCGCGCACCCGAAGCUGCACCCCUCACAGAUACUCUCCGACGAUGAGAUGACGGCCGUGGCCCUGCGCAUGCCCGCCGACAGGGCGGAGCUCCUCAAGUUCUUCCCACAGCGGUGGGUAGAACUGUUCGGCGUGGUGGUGCUGGACGUGGUGCAGAAGGAGGUCAGCCGCCACGUCGCGCCGCUCAAGGACCCCCCGCCACCACUCGCUGCCACGAACGCUCCCGCUGCUUCAGGCCCGCACGCCCAGCCCCAUGCCGCGCCUCCUGUGCCACCCCAUGCGCACGUGCAUGCAGCACAGGCAGCGGCCAUGGUGGGAGAAACAAGAGCAGCAGGUGCUGGUGCUGCCGGGGUGCAGGUGCAUGGCCAUGUGGAGCCAUCCAAACAGUACCGCCCACCAUCCCCCAACCAUGCUGCUGCUACUGCUGCUGCCACCAACAGCGCCAGCGGUGGCAGCAGGACGACCUCUCAGCCUCUUCAGUGUGCUGCUCCUCACGCUGCACCGCACAAGUUGCCCUGUGCACCAACACCCGCACCCACACUAGCAGCAGCAGCUGUAGCUGCAGCACCAACAAGAGCAGCACCCAAGGUAGCCACGCCAGCAGCAGCAGCAGAGGCGGCAGCAGCACGGCCAGGGUCAGACGGCCUGAAGACCGCUCAGCGCCCCCAGCACUACCGCCGGCCCUCCGCUGUGCUUUCUGACCACCCCUCGUCGGGCGCAGCCCCCCCUGCUGCCACAGCGGCAGGGAUUGGCCAGGAGAACUGGGAGGAGGCCAGUGGUGGCGCAGCAGCAGAGCAAGGGGAGACAGGUAGCAUGGGAGGGAGCAGAGCGAAUGGCAGCAGUGCUAGUGGGCAUGGGGCGCCGCAACCCCUGGGGGAGCGGUGUGUGAACGUGGUGCAGGGAAGGGGGCGAGGGAGCUAUGGCAGCCUGGACGGGAGCAUCGGGGAGAGCAGGGACGGAAGCUGGGACAGCAGCAAGUGGAAGGUGGGCGGCCAAGGGGCGGUGCAGCGAGAGGCAGUGAGAUUCCACGUGAGAGAGAGUGUGGCGGCGCCUGUGCUGGAUAGUUGUGACAAUCCGCUGCUCAACUCCAUCGCCCCUGCUGCUGCUGCCACUGCAGGCGGCAAGGAGAACGUGAAUGUGAAUGCAGUGGGGAAGGGAGGGGGUGCCGGUACAGGCGCAGCAGGAGGUGCAGGGGCGACAGUGAGGGUGGUAGCAGGCAGAGGGCCCAUGAUGGGCGACAGGCAUCCACCCACCUUCACAGGCAGAAAGCCCCGAGCCCCCGCCACUGCUGCUGCUGCUGCUGCUGCUGCUGCUGCGCCGUCCAGUGUGCUGCCCGCCCCACCCGCUGGCACUGCCAGGAAGCCCGGCACACCUGCCCUGCGUGCCACACCGCCUGCUGCUCCCAGCGCUGCUGCAGUGGGCAGGCCGGCAGGCAAUGGUGCCAAGGGCAGCGCAUCAGGCGAGGGGGCAGGGGGGGCGGGUGAGAUGGGGAGGGGCAGGGCGCAAAUGGCGUCACAGCGACACGUGGAAGCAGCAACAGCGAGAGGAGGGGCAGCAGCAGGCGCAGCAGACAGGGAACCAGCAGGUGAUGGUGGUGCUGCGGGUGUGCGGGCGCCAGGGCAUGCAUGUGGUGCAGGCCAUAGAAGGAGUGCAGAGAGGAGUGGGCAGGGCCACACCCACGGUGGAGCAGCAGGCACGGCAAACAGGGUGCACGAGCAGGACAGGGGGGCAGCAGGCAGGGCGUUGAGUGGCAGUGGUGGCAGCUUCAGGCAGCGGGCGGCGGCGGCUGCUGUUGCUGCCAUUGCUGCUGCUAGCCCCCCUGCCCAUGCAGGGGUGAGUGGCAGCAGAGGUGAGGCAGAGGGGCGGGAACAGGCAAAGGCGAAGGACGUUGUGAGGGAGGAGGGGGGAAGCGGCGAGGGUGGUAGUGGUGUGGUGGGUAGUGACAGCGGGGCAAGGGUGACAGUUGGUGUGGUGUUGGAAAGAGGAGCAGGAGGGGGUGAGCAGGGAGGGGCAGCAGAGGAAGGAGCGAAGGAGGGAGGAGCAGUGGAGUGCGUGGCAGGCGAGGCAGUGAGGCCAGCACUGCAGCGCAAGCCACGGCCCGCCACGUGGAGCAAGGGCACGACAGCCGCUGCUGGUGCGCGGCGCACCCCGCGGCCGUUCAACCUGGGCACUGCGGGGCGGGCGGGCACUAUGGCGCAGGCGCACGCCCAGAUGCUGCUGGCGCAUGGCAGCGUGUCGCGUGGCAGCGGGUCCAGGCCAGGGGCCAGAGGCACGCCUGGGAGUGGGGGAGCAGGCGGAAGCAGGGGAGGGGCGCAGCAGCAGGGGGGGCAGCGUGAGGCGGGGCAGGAGAAGAAGCAGGAGGUGGGGCCAGCAGCGGGGGCAGAAGAGGUGGGGAGGGUGGAGGGGCCAGUUGGUGGUGGACCAGGCGCCAUGGCAACGCCCGCAUCAGUGCUGCGGCCCAAGGCCUUGACGUUUGGCACAGGGGGGCCAGCAGGGGCGGGCAUGUACGGUGGGUCCAUGGGGCGCAGGGCAGGGCUGAAAGCCAUGAGCGGGUUCAGAGCGCCGCUCAGGACGCCCGCUGCUGCUGUUGCUGGCAGCCAUGGCAGCGGCAGUGGGACAAGGGGCAGAGGGUAGUGAGGGAAUUACGCUUAAAACUUUAGAUAGGGUUAGGGGGGCAACUGUGAUGCUGCCUGGAUGAAUACCGCAUUCAUCAGAGUCAGGGGUUCACGAUAAAUGCACAUCAGCCUGCACAUUCCGAGGUGCUAUGGGCUACACACUUCUGUCGGGCUACUGACUUGCGUUGUGCAGUGCGCAGAUCACUUCAUUCA